UUUUUUUAUAUACUAAUGGAACUCCAUGGUCUCCUCUCAUACACAUUCUUCCUUUUCCUCAUCGCCGGUAACUUUACACCGGAAUUCACAAUCUCCAAAAGCAUUCAUCGUCAUAUAAACCGACCAACGAAGCUUUUUGUAUUCGGAGACUCGUAUGUUGAUACCGGAAACAACCCGAAGUCAUUCGCUAGCUCUUGGAAACCCCCUUAUGGUCUCACUUUCCCCGGAAAGCCAGCCGGAAGAUAUUCUGAUGGCCGUGUGUUCACCGAUUACCUCGCCAGGUUUAUGGGGAUCAGGUCUCCAUUGCCUUAUAAAUUCAGAAAAUAUGCGCCGAACAAGUUGCGAGGUGGACUCAACUUUGCUUUUGGUGGAACCGGGGUGUUUGACACAGGCAACUUGCAGCCGAACCUAACCACCCAGAUUGGGUUUCUUCAAGGGCUAAUUAAAGACGGGGUCUACACUAAGCGGGAUUUAAAAUCAUCCUUGGCUCUUGUCGCAGUCUCAGGCAAUGACUAUGGGACUUACACUUCUACAGGUGGCUCCGAGCAGGGUCUGCCUUCAUUCAUUUCAAAAGUUGUCAAUCAAAUGGCAAUAGAUUUGAAACUAAUUCAUGAUACGGGGGUACGACGAGUGUUGGUGACUACCCUACAGCCGAUUGGAUGCCUUCCCACGGUAACUGUCACUUCAUCAUAUCAACAAUGCAACGAAAGCCAGAAUUCAGCAGCCAGUUUCCAUAACCAAUUGUUGCAGCGGGCCGUGAUGACGCUGAACAAUAACACCAAAGAUUCUAGUUUUCUCAUUCUUGAUAUCUUUAGCGCGUUCAACACGGCGUUAAAGAGUAAAAGAGAUUUUACGGGGAACUCCAAGUUGAAACCUUGUUGUAUAGCCACAAGCAGUGAUGCAAACUGUGGAAGUUUGGAUGAAAACGGAAAGGCGUUGUACACGGUUUGUAAAAAACCCGCUUCCACGUUCUUCUGGGACACGGUUCACCCGACACAAGCCGGAUGGCGUGCUGUGUAUUUAACUCUUCGGUCGUCUUUAAACCGAAUUUUCUUGUAGGUUCUUUCUCGUUUAUUUCUUUUGCUUAUUUGUGUUUUUAUAGCUUCGGGUAGCCAUUUGACGGGUCUCUAUGGGACCGUAGGUGUCGUUGCAUUCAGAUGUUAAAAGAGGUGUAAUUGUUUAUGUUGAUGACUGCAUACUCGAACAAUUUCAAACCGUUUACUUAUCAACGGUUGGCAUAGGUUUUGUUUUAA